UUUUGAUUUAGCUAGCUAUGUUUUUGCACCUUUAGAAUAGUUACCGUAAUAACACAGACAACAAUUAUGGUAUUAUGGACAAUUACGUCGGUAUGAAGGGGCAAUGGUAGAAUACCGUUGUUAUGAGCCAGCCUGGGUCAAUGGACGAGAGGACUUGAACUAAGACAGUACAAUAUGGUUUAGAAACUCUGCUUGAAAUGUGUGGCUAACAGACCUCUGAGUUAAUUAGCUACCCAGGGCAGCUAACGUUAGAUAGCUUGCACUACAACCCACACUUCAAAAAUUACGGCUCAAGUUAAACUUUUGUAUAACCUAGCGAGAUUCUUCCGGUGCCACCAGACCAGAGUGACCCUGCUGUCCUCAACAUGGUGUCGUCCAGGCUGAAGUACCUGUCUCUGUGGGUGCUGGUGUUCCAGACCACCUUCCUGGUGCUGACCAUGCGCUACUCCCGCACACUACAGGGGGACGGCCCCCGCUACCUGGCCUCCUCUGCUGUGGUGGUGGCUGAGCUCAUGAAGAUCAUCACCUGUGUGCUGCUCAUAUUCAAGGAGCACAGCUACAAUGUUCGGGCUCUGAACAGUGUUCUGAGGCAAGAGAUCACUCACAAGCCGAAAGAGACCCUGAAGCUGGCCCUUCCUUCUGGGAUCUACACCCUACAGAACAACCUGCUCUAUGUGGCUCUGUCCAACCUGGACGCUGCCACCUACCAGGUGACGUACCAGCUGAAGAUCCUCACCACAGCCCUGUUCUCAGUGUCCAUGCUGGGCCGGAGGCUGGGUGUGUACCAGUGGCUCUCCCUGCUCAUCCUCAUGGCUGGGGUCGCACUUGUGCAGUGGCCCUCUGAAUCCCUCGGGGCCCCUGAGAAGGAGCAGAUGUCUGAAGGGUCCCAGUUUGUGGGCGUGGUGGCGGUGCUGGUGGCCUGCUGCUCCAGUGGCUUCGCUGGGGUUUAUUUUGAGAAGAUCCUCAAAGAGACCAAACAGAACAUCUGGGUCCGCAACAUACAACUGGGAAUGUUUGGCCUGGUGUUUGGUCUGAUGGGGAUGUUUGCAUACGAUGGGGAGAGAGUUCGAGAAUCGGGAAUGUUCAAGGGAUACAACACAAUCACCUGGACAGUGGUGGCUCUGCAGGCACUAGGAGGGCUGGUUAUAGCAGCUGUCAUCAAGUAUGCAGACAACAUCCUGAAGGGCUUUGCCACGUCACUCUCCAUCAUCCUGUCAACACUCAUAUCCUACUUCUGGCUUGAGGACUUUGAACCCACAAGUGUGUUCUUCCUUGGUGCAGUACUGGUCAUCGUGGCCACCUUCCUGUAUGGCUACGAGGAUAAGCCAUCCCCCAACCCCAGCCGUGCCUAGAGGACAUCACCGAGGACCGAAGGGGAUGUCAGGGAAGAGAAAAGAAGAGGAGAAGAAAACAGUGGAGCAGAAGAGAGAAAAGAGGAGCGAAGGACACUAGCCUAGAGGCAUCGUUGACAUGGGCCUCAGACACUCAGGCAUCGUACCGGCGUUUACAUAUAGCCGUGUUUUCACAGGCAGCCCAAUUCUGAUAUUUUUUCCACUAAUUGGUCUUUUGACCAAUCACAUCAGAUCUUUU